CCUGUUGGACGCAAGACAGACAGACAGACAGACAGAGAGAGAGAGAGAGAGACAGGGUGAGAGACAAAAGGGUUGCAGCCAGAUAACCCUCCUCUUAUAUCCAGGACGUUGCAGAACUUUCCAGACGAAGUCAAAGCUCUCAGAGAGAAACCAGCUGUCAGUCUGCUGCUGCUGCUGAACCUGCGCGGUCCUCUGCAAGGAUCCACCGGCGGUUUAGGACUCCAAUACACCGCAUUUAAAGACACUAAACACGGGAACAAUGAAGAUGCUCCUGCCUCUGGUAAUCCUUCAGCUGUUCUUGGCUCCAGCGCUCACGGUGCCUAGUGGGGAUCAAUGGGACGCGUGGGGUCCUUAUGGCGAAUGCAGCCGGAGCUGUGGCAGCGGAGUGACCAUGAGAACCAGACGCUGCAACACCCUCAGGUCUGAUGGAGGACACAACUGUGUGGGACCAGACAAGUCUUACCGCACCUGCAACAUCCAGGACUGUCCCGAGGGAUCCAAGGAUUUCCGUGAAGAGCAGUGCUCCAACUUUGAUGGGACCGACUUCCAGGGGAAACUCUACAAGUGGCUCCCCUAUUAUGGAGCGGAGAACCCCUGUGAGCUGAACUGCAUGCCAAGAGGAGAAAACUUUUUCUACCGUCACCGCAGCUCUGUGGUCGACGGUACGCCCUGCCACCCUGGACGGAGGGAUGUUUGUGUGGAGGGAGUCUGCAAGCGUCUGGGCUGUGACAACACAUUGGAGUCUCUUCAGCAGGAGGACCCCUGCCUGCAGUGUGGGGGGAACGGACAGUCCUGCAACCAAGUCAAGAACAGCUUCUCUGUGCGCGACCUGCCAACCGGCUACAACCAGAUGUUCAUCAUCCCCGUUGGCGCCACCACCAUCAGCAUCAGAGAAACCGUGGCCACACGCAACUACCUUGCUAUCAAGAACCUGCGUGGUGAGUACUACCUCAAUGGCCACUGGGUAAUUGAGUUCUCCAGGGCGACACCCAUUGCUGGAACGAUGCUGUACUACCAGCGAGGAGCUGAGGGCAACAACGUCCCUGAGACCAUCAUCGGCCGCGGCCCCACCACCGAGCCCCUCGUUGUUGAGCUGAUCAGCCAGGAGCCAAACCAAGGAGUGGAGUAUGAGUUUUAUCUUCCCAAUGGACGCUCCAGACAGGGCUACUACUGGAGCUUUGGAUCCUGGUCAUCCUGCAGCAGAGAGUGUGGAUCAGGCUACCAGUCUCGUCUGGUCUUCUGCACCAUUGAUAACGAGGCCUACCCGGACUACCUCUGCUCAUCUCUGCCCAGGCCACAGACCAACCGUACAUGCAACCCCCAUGCAUGCCCACAGACCCGCAGCUGGCAAACCGGAGAGUGGAACACCUGCUCGGUGUCCUGCGGCGGAGGCUCUCAGGUGCGCAGCGUGCAGUGCAUCUCCCAUGAUGCCGCGGGCCCCCGCGUGGUGGAGGAUGCCACUUGCGCCACCUACUCCGAGGCACCACCCACUCUGCAGACCUGCAACAUGCAGAAGUGUGCAGAGUAUCGAGUGGCGAGAUGGAGCGCGUGCUCAGUGACCUGUGGAUCAGGUGAGCAGACCAGGGAUGUCACCUGUGUUGGUUCAGGAGGAAUGUUGCUGGAGGAAACAUCCUGCAGCGCUCUGCUCCGCCCGACUGCCGUCCGACCCUGCGAGAUGGCGGCCUGCCUGAGACAGAUCAGCUGGCACGUUGGAGACUGGGGACUGUGCUCUAAGAGCUGUGGCUCCGGCUCACGAGACCGUCAGGUGAUCUGCUCGGACCAAGAGAGAAACCUGUACCCUGUGAGACAAUGCAACGCCAACCCCAAACCCGCCACCGUGGAGCGCUGCAACACCCAGUCCUGCUACAGCCCACAGGUGGUUCCCAGCGUCCAGGACUCACGAGGACACGACAACACACAGACUGCUUUCCAGCCCUACGUGCCAGACCACGCAACAGCCCGCAGGCCAGAGACGGAUCGUACCCAGACGAACACAGUCCACGACCCUCACAGCUCCGCCCCAGCGCUCCACUGCAGCCAGUCCUAUUAUGGCUGCUGCCCAGACGGACGCACUUCAGCCGGGGGCCCCCAGAACCUGGGCUGCCCACAUGUCCCAGCUCCCACUCCUGUCCAGCCACACUGCAUCCAGACAAGUUACGGCUGCUGCCAAGACCGAGUGACGGCUGCUCAGGGCCCCAACAGGGAGGGCUGCGUGGAGUAUGCGGCCGCUGCACCCACUGCUGCUUCUGUUCUUCCCACUGAGAAUGCACCACAGUGCCGUCGCACCACCUACGGGUGCUGUUAUGACCGCACCACGCCUGCAGAUGGACCCAACGGGGAGGGCUGCCCCAACCCACCCAACUACAUUGAGCGCUCCAUCUGCUCCCUGCCUCGUGCUGCCGGCUCCUGCAGCAGCUGGAUAACGCGCUACCACUACGACGUCAUCACCUCCAAGUGUAUGCACUUCUGGUACGGAAGUUGCCACGGCAACAGCAACAACUUCAUGACCCGGGCAGAGUGCCAGCAGGCGUGCCGGGUGCCUGCACCGAGCCAGCAGGGCCCGGCGCCGGUUGUUCCCGCCAGAGAGCCGACUUCUAGAAGAGAAUCCACCCCAGGAAGGACCUCUCCUGGAGCAGGCUCCACAUCUGGAUCCACCCCUCGAAGGACUGCAUCUGGAGCAGGCUCCACCUCUGGAAGGACCUCUUCUGGAGCAGGAGGAUCCACCGCUGGAGGGUCAGCAGGCGGAGGGUCACACAACAUGGGGAGGAUUUUCACAGUCCAGGGAGGCUCCAACACCGGCACCGGCAGACAGUCCACAAGUGCCGCCAACCACGCCCACAGAGCUAGAGUCCAGCUGCACGCUCGCCGGCCUGCCACCGGUACCGCUGCACAGCACACCGGCCCAGCAGCGAGUUUGACCCUGGGAGAAGUGACCAUCGAUAAGACCGACCCCUCCACCGUGGAGGCUUUAGUGGGCCAGACCGUCGUGCUGCCCUGCAGGGUCAGCCCGCCGCCGUCCUCCACCGUCAUCGUGGAGUGGAGAAGAGAUGGCAUCCCUCUGUCUACUGGCAGGCAUCACCAGCAGCCCAAUGGCUCCCUGUUAGUCGGUCCUCUCACUAAGUUGGACUCCGGUUGGUUCUUGUGCAUUGCUACUCGUGAACAGGAGAGAGACCACCGUUACAUUUACCUGUCUGUCACAGAGGGAUCAUCUCAGCCUUUUCCUACCUCACUGCCCGGAGACAGUCCUCGCUUCAGCAUCGAGCGGUUGAGCUCGACUUUGCUGGAAAUGCGAGCCGGACAAACUGCCAGACUGUCCUGCACGAUCGUCCCUCCCUCAGCUCUUCAGUCUGUCAACAUCCAGUGGACUAAAGACGGACAGACCCUCAGUGACUCCAGGUAUACCAAACAUUCAGACGGCUCUCUGACCGUCGGUUCUCUGAAGUCUGCAGACUCUGGCAUCUACACGUGUACGGCCUCCACUCAGCAGCACCUGGAGCAGAGACAGCUGCAGCUCAGAGUCCAAGCCGACCUGAAGAUCACCACAGCUCCCAAUAACAUCCAGGUGUCUGAAGGCAGCACAGCUCUGCUGCCCUGUGUGGUGUCAGGAGACAACGUCAACAUCGGCUGGUCCAGAAACGGCGUACCGGUGCGUCCAGACGGUCGUAACAUCAUGAUGUCGUCUGACGGCAGCCUGAUCCUGAAUAACGUGAAGCCUUCAGACGAGGGAACGUACACCUGUAACGCCUACACCGGCAUCUACUCUGUGAGCGCCACGGCUGAAAUCAAAAUCACUAAAGACACAGAAAAAGGUGUUGAUGUGCCGCCAGAAUGCGUGGACCAGCCCGAGCUUGCCAACUGCGAGCUGAUAGUUUACGCCCGACUUUGCACCAACUCGUACUACUCCAGUUUCUGCUGUGCCAGCUGCACCAGGCAUUCACAGAGGAAGCGUCGGCAAGGCUGAAGCUGCAGAGGGUUUAAAAACUGUGGGACGGGUGGGAUAGGGGACGGGGGACGGGGGACGGGAGACGGGGGGACGGAUAGUGUCUGAAACAUUUUAAAAACCUUCCAACACUGAACUUUUGCCAAAAGGACUCAAACCACUCGUUUCUGACCAGUUUGGGCAGAAUCACAGUUAAAGACUGCAUUGAAAAAGGGACUGUUUACUGUAGAUGUAGUUAUUAAUCUGUGAACCAGGAGAUCAGGGAGUCUGUUUGUACACUGCUGCAUUAAACACUGAAUAUGGAAACAUUAAAAAGGGGCCUUAAAAUGAAACGUACCAUGUAAACCUGUAAAGUUUCUUGAAUGUGAUGAAGCAAAAGUCAAACUUUCUUUCUUUCUCCACCACGUCUUUAAAAUAAGUUAUUUACUCUUUGGACCUACUGCUCAUGUUCUCUGUUUUCUAGAGGAUUAUUUUACCUUCAGGUCAUUUAAAGGGGGAAUCCAUCUCUGCUGUACUAUGUUGACCACUGCUUUUUUUUUAAUCAAUAUUUUUGGCAUUUCACUGAUAAAGGGUUGUAUUUUCUCUGUUUAUUUUUAUGUAAUUAUUUGAUAAUAAAAAUAAUAUUUUGAUAAAA